GGAAAGGGAGGGAGAAGUCGGAAGAAAAUAAAAUACAACCGUUGUUUGGACUUUAAGAAGAAUUCAAGAGCGUAUUACUUAAGUGUAAAAGAGUACACACACAACAUAUACAAAUAAUUCCUCAAUUUUCCAAGCUAAACCUCACCCAACCCAGAUAAUAAUCAAUGUUCUCGUUCUUCCUUCGCGGGCCGAAUUCAACGACCUUGCGGGCACACUAGACAUGAGCUGGAUUCCUGAUACUGAUAAAAUUUCCAUUCGAAUAAGAGCACCAGACAAUGCAGAAUCGCUCACGAAACGGAAUGUGUGUCGUAACAUAGCAAGGAUUUACGAUCCAUUAGGGCUCCUAGAUCCGGUAAAAAUGAUAGCCAAGAUCUUUCUACAAUUGCUGUGGAUGUGGAGGAAGGAAGAUCAAUCAUCAUUAGGCUAGGAUGAAGAGCUGCCUCAACAUUUUCAACGAGAUUGGAACAACUAUGUGGAACAGCUUAUUAAGUUAGCAGAUGUUUCUGUUCCGCGAUUUGUGUCUUCAGCGCCCUAUGUGGAGUUGCAGCUUCACAUAUUCUGUGAUGCUUCAGAAAGAGGCUACGGAGCAUGCUCAUACAUCCGUGUGGAAACUGGAGAUGUGCAAUGUUGCUGAUAUCCAAAUCAAAGGUAGCACCAAUAGCGAAGAGACAAACCUGGAGUUAUGUGCAGCAGUGUUAGGCAGUCGUUUGUAUGGAUUCAUAAAGGAUGCACUAAGAGAAAAUCUUAGCUGUUUUUUGUGGACAGAUUCAAUGACGGUGCGGCAUUGGAUUAACGCUUCACCAAACAGAUGGAAAACCUUUGUAGCCAAUCGUGUGGCAAAGAUACAAAGACACACAAGGGAGUGUUCGUGGAGACACGUUCCAGGCAACCAAAAUCCAGCGGAUGCAGUCUCACGUGGAUGUUUACCGCAGGAGCUGACCAAUACGUGGUGGAAUGGUCCAUCAUGGUUGGUAAACAAGGAAGAUUUCUGGCAAUCACAAGGAGAAUUAAGGAUCGACACUUUAAUAGAAGACGAAAAACGUGUCGUACUCAUCACCAAGCAAGAAGAAGAAUCCUUCAACGAGCAACUAUUUUCUAGAUAUUCUUCUUAUUCGAAAUUGCGGAGAAUCGUGAGCUACUGCAUUCGAUUCAUCAAUUGAUGUUUGGGUAGACAAAGGAGCACAGAUCGAGAGAUCGUCGAGGAGUCUAAGUGACUAACAACAUCGGAGUUAGAAGCAGUGGAAAGGGCUAUUUGCUGAAUGGCUCAGCGAGAUUCGUUCACAGAGGAAUUCAACACACUAGCAAAGACCAAUCGAAUACUACAAUCAUCAUCAUUGAAAUAUUUGCAUCCGUUCAUCGGAACUGAUGCUCUCAUCCGAGUAGGUGGUCGAUUAGGCAACGCAGAUGUAUCCAGGUCCGAACAAUUUCCGAUAGUUGUGCCGACGGUGGCCAUUAACUAGGAUAGUGGAAUUACAUAAAGGUACAGAUGAUAUAGUGCGAGUUAUUACGGUUAAAACACAAAGGGGCUUGUUUAAAUGUCCAGUAUCAAGGAUUUGCAUUCUUCCUGAACAGAACUCAUUAUAAGGAAAGGGAAAUAGAAAAACCAUUCAUGGGUUUUUGGGUGAUAUGCAAUACGCAUAUCACAUAUCAAUGAAUUAUAGCGAAUAGAAAAUUAUUAUAGCGGAUAGGAACUAUUAUAUGUAGCAUAAUGAAUUUAGUUGUAACGAAUUACACGACGAAGAACAGUUGAACUUGGAACCCCGGCUAGAGAACACAUAAUUUGUAUUCAGCAUUGAGAACCGUGAUCACAUAUUCUUGACAUUUUUCUACAAUGGUGGUCGGGGACGGUUUGACAAUGUGUUCAAACAACUAUCCCUACUGCACAACUGUACAAACAUCAACGGGACGGCCCAACUUCAAGAAGCAGUCAUCUCUACUACACCUUCCUCCACGGUCGAAACAACAUUAUCAGCGAUCCGUUCGGCAGGAUGCGGAGAGGAGCACAGUGGGCUCGUUAGCUGGAUCAGGUGGAGUCAAACCUGUCGGAGAUCGGAUGCUGCCGUGGAUGGAGGACUGCAACCCUGGAUCGAAUUUCCUGGAAACGAAUUGGCGACUAGGCCAUUCAACGCGACGUGCUCGACCGUGAGCAGGCCAGAUAAGAAGAAAAAGAAAAAGAUGGUGCCGUUCGAUACCCCCGCCAUGGCUGGAGGACUAUUUACCAUCAACAGGAAGUACUUCGAACGGCUUGGUUGGUAUGACGAAGGGUUCGAUAUCUACGGAAUCGAGAACAUUGAGCUAUCGAUGAAGAGUUGGAUGUGUGGUGGAAAGAUGGUAACAGUACCAUGCUCCCGAGUAGGACACAUCCAGAAGGCGACCCAUUCGUACCUUGCGAAACAGACGAAGGACGUUGUGCGUGCAAACUCGAUUCGUCUUGUAUGGAUGGAUGAGUAUAAAGGUAUAAUUUUCGAUAUCUACGGCAUUCCAAAAUACUCCGAGGAGGAGUUUGGUUCCGUGAGUACACGUAAAGCCAUCCGAGAUAGUGCCGAAUGUAAACCAUUUCGCUACUAUCUGGAGAAUGCUUUCCCUGAAAUGCACAACCCAUUGGUCCCGGGGGCCUUUCGCGGCGAGGUUCAUAAUCUGGCCUUGAGCAACGACAGUUGUUUGACGUAUCGGCUCCAAGAUCACUUCAUUGGUAUGGCAUCGUGUGAUCACCUCGAAAAGGAUCAGUAUUGGACGCACAACUACUACCAGGAGCUGAAUAGCUACCGAAAUUGUCUCGAUGCCGUCACGACCGUAGUGGAAGUGUUCCAGUGUCACAGAGCGCGCGGCAACCAGGCAUGGAAUUUUUUAGUGAAAACUCGACAGAUAGAAAGUGUGGCGAGCAAGAUGUGUCUAGCGUUGAAUAUGAAGACAAAAACGAACCUUAUUUUGGAGCAGUGCGAUGCCACCAAGCUGAAUCAACAGUGGGACGUGUCAUACAUUCAAUUGGACGUGUCAAUGCUAUUGGAACAAAUACCACAAGACACUUGAAGCAAUUGUUUCUAGUAUUGUAUACGGCUCAGCAGCCAUACCUCCAGCACGGCGAUAGCAUGUAUUGGACACGAUUGUUACAUCGAAAACGGAAUGAUCGAAAAGACUUCUCGGGAAGCAAUACGAGAGUGAUUGCGUUAAUUUACUUUGCGUUAUACAGUUUAUGCUCAAUGUUUUCGUCUCACAAAGGCAAUAUUAUACUCGAAAUACGCAUAGUCCGCGGCUGGGAUUAAUAAGGGCCAGAAUCUUUGGAAGUAAGAACACUACUUCCACGAUCCUUACAUUUUUGGACGCGCACGUUGAGUGUACUAAAGGAUGGUUGGAACCUUUACUGGAGCCAAUUUUGGAAAACGAACGACCCAUAUCUAUCCCGCCAAUAGACCGCAUCGAUGACACCAACAUGCAUCUAGUCACCAAUGUGUCCGCCGAUUUGUUUGGCGCUUUUGAGUGAGAUCUUAACUUUGGCUGGGGGCCAAAGUGAAAGUUGCCCGAUCCAUGGUUUACGGCGGAACCAGGAGGCGGUAAGGAGAUGUUUCGACCCGCAAUUGGCAUCGAAAUUGGUCAUUGGUAUCUGGAGAACGUGUUCCCGGAGAUGAUUGAAGAACUCAGCGUACAUCCCGGGCAGGGUCCAAUUCAGAAUGAUGCCAUGACUGGAUUACCCGAACACUGCGAGCAAAGGAACACUUGGCAACAGUGGGUGUUUAGUUUGUAUGAUGAAAUUAGUACGUCAACCACUGUUUACACUACGAAAACAAGUGGCAUUACCCGGUCAAAGAGUAUAAGGUGUAAAUAAAGAUCCAAAGCACUAAACCCAUGCCAAUAUGGAAACAACAAUAAAAAGACAUGACAACACGUGAAAUAGGGCCAUUCUAAUGGAAAUAUGAAAAAUGAAUUAAAUGAUUAAAAUUCACCAGCAACGUGUUGCAUUUGUAUAGUAUAUUAUUAAAUUUUGACGUAGCGUGGCAUGUUAUAACACAUCAACCUCCAUUAUUAGUCACUACGCUUAGUGCACACUGACAGGCACGUUUGGAUUUAUCCAAGGGGCUCUUUUCAACCACGCAGCUGUCUAACGCGUUGACAUCAACUAUGGAUAGCCCAAGGCGAUUAUAUGGGAAAAAAGGCGAUUAUAUGGGACCAGGUGGUGGAAUAGGGCUUUCCGAGGGGUGACAUCUUCGGAAACCAUAUUUUAUAUUUGAAUUCAAAAAUAGACCGUUAUUCCCGGUUUCAAUCAUUAAAUUGUUUGAAGAUGUUAUUUCAACAUGGAUGGUCGGUCGAAGCUAAGGUGAAUAACAGGAAAGUUAAAACGCUUGAGUUUUUCUUCACUUUUGUUUACUCAUCGAUGUAUAAUAUUUUAUUGACUGUUUCACAGUUUCGUUGUUUAUCACAACAGCACGCAGGUUCAGCAUUAUUUUUUGUUUGUUUGCUUUUAAAAUUAUCAAAAUAAUUCACAAAGCAAUUACCCAAAUAUUCACUAAGUAGUGCAAAUAGACACGCUAUGUAUACUUUCAAAUGAUUGCAUCUGUGCAAACCGUGCAGAAUAAUGCAAAAUGUUAAUUUUUGAUUCACUCGCUAUCGGUUUGCACGUGAUCCUCGAUCUUAUUUCAUAGCGAAAUGCGUGCUGCUUUAGGAACCCAUGUCAUAUCACACUGCUUUCCACCAUCGGGUCCUUGGGUUAGCCAACACUUUCCAAACAAGAAACACGGACUGCUUACUAACAAAGAAGUGAAAUACAAUAAAA